AUGCCUUUAGCCGAAGACCUUGUUACUGCGAUAGAAAAACUGGUAGGAGAUUUGCCAAAAUGUGCUUACAACCUUUGCAUGAUUGUUGUGCACGGAAGUACGGUACGAUGUUUUUACAUUCACAGGACGUCGACAAGAUUUUCACAACUCCAAAAGAAUCCGGCGUUCAGUCCUAAUAGCUGUAUGUCAGGUCUAAGUCACUUGAAUCACCAAGAAUCGGGCAAGGACUACAGCAAUGAAGGAAUGACAACGUCAUUUGGAUCCAGCAAGAAGAAGAAAAAAAGAAGGCACAGGACAAUAUUUACCAGUUACCAAUUAGAAGAAUUAGAAAAGGCCUUCAAAGACGCUCAUUACCCCGAUGUUUACGCAAGAGAAAUGUUAUCCCUAAAAACAGAUUUGCCUGAAGAUCGAAUACAGGUUUGGUUCCAGAACCGCAGGGCCAAGUGGCGGAAAACGGAAAAGUGUUGGGGACGGAGCACGAUAAUGGCCGAGUACGGGCUGUACGGCGCUAUGGUCAGACAUUCGUUGCCGUUGCCGGAAACCAUCCUGAAGAGCGCCAAGGAGAACGAAUGCGUCGCGCCCUGGUUACUCGGUAUGCAUCGCAAGUCGAUCGAGGCGGCGGACCAGUUGAAAGACGACAACACGGUGUGCAGCGGAGCGAGCCAGAAGAGCGACAAGGACGAUGAGGACGACGAGGACGAGGACGAAGACGAGGACGACGAGGAGAACCCCAAGAGGCCGGCGUGCAGGACUAGCCCCGAGACGGCGACGGAUAUGUCGCCGCAACGGCAGGAUGUCGCAGCCGCGCAGGAUCGGCAACAGCAACAGCAUCAGCAGCAACAGCAACAGCAGCAGCAGCAGCAGCAGCAACAGCAGCAGUGCGCGGCCAACGCAGAGGCGCACCGGCGGAUCCAGCAAGAGAUCCAGUCGCAGAUGGAGCAGCACCACGCGGCCGUCAUGCAGCUGGCGGCCAACCGGGCGCAGGACUCGGAGGAGUUCCGGAACAACAGUAUAGCUUGCCUGCGGGCCAAGGCGCAGGAGCACAGCGCGAAGAUACUCAGCCUGUCCGCGGACGCCCUUAUGCUGGUCAACAACAACGGCGGCGGGUUCCGGAGCAGGAACGCGGCCACGGCGGUCGCGGACGCGGUCAUGGCCUCGGGCGGCCACGCGCUACAGGCCGACUGCGACGCGAACGCCAACAACGUGAGGGGCGUGAACCACCACCAUCAACACCAGCAGCAGCAGCAGCAGCAGCAGCAAGUGCACGUCGGCUCCGACGCGAUGGUCACGUCUUCCGACACGUCGUCCUCGAUGUUUUAAUCGAUUAAUUUUUUUAUUUUUUUAUCUUCCCUCGUCGCCACCGAUCGCCGGUUUGAGUUCGGUCGGAUGUUUCGCGUCGGCGUUACGCGAAUCGUUUGUACAACCGAAACGGUUUCGAACGCAAUCGCUAACGGUAUGCUGAUCAUGCUCUCGUUCGGAAUUUGAAAACCUACGAACCAGACCGAGUCGAUUGAAAAAACCCGAUUCGUCAUGUUCGAAGAUAUAAAAAAAAAUCCAAAAUCCGACUCGACCUCGGACCGUUUUGUGUACAUAUAGACGAUAUCACGAAUGGUUGUAAUCAAACGAAUAGCGAAAACGGAUCCAUCGUGACGAACGGGUUCGCGAUAAGAUAGUCGAACGUUUCGAUGUUUAAGGUAUUUCAUUUGUUUUACUUUUUUUUUUAGAUUUUUUACGUUCGCAACCCAAUUUCAAUUCUUAGUCGUUUCCGUUCGCUGCUCCGAACUGUAAUAUUUUAACAGUAUCAUUUUAAUGUUACACCGCACAACCGUAGCGCCAUCUAACCGCCACGGUACGUGAGCGGUACGGUUGAUGUUUAUUUUCAUUGCUAUUAUUUCGUUUUUACAUGUAGAACGUUAAAAAGUUUUUUCUCCACGCAUUAUGUGUUACGUGGAUUAUGAAUAAUAUCGGUUUCGAUUUUGCGUAGCCUAAAUCCUUACAUGUACAUGUGCAGUUCAUUUGCAACGUUUGUAUACAAAUUUGUAAAGAUUAUUUAUCGUGUGUUGUUAUUUAAAAUUUAUACAUAUUAUUAUACAAUUAUAUAAUAUAUCCAUACGUACGUGCAAUAAUUCGUAAUUUUUUUGUUUUUUUUUUUUUAUAAAUAUAUAUUAUAUACACAUUCUCUUGUACAAAUCGACUUUUCUAGGCUCGGAAAAGCUAUACAUUUACAUUUUAUUUACAACAUAUUGCGCAUUUUAAACUGUAAGAAUAUUAUCCUAAUUACGCUUGUUAUAACUCAAUCCUGUCUCCCUACCCGCAUACAACCCUUUUCGUAUAUGUAUAUAAAAUAAAAAAAAUAAUAAAAUAGUAAAUAAUA